AUGCUCUGCUCCCAUCGCGCCGAAGGCUUCAGCACGCACUCAACGCAGUCGUCGCCAAUCCCGACAUCAUGCUUCGUUGACGCCAUCCUCGUUCCGCUACCCGUCUGGAUCGCGCUCACCGCGCUCGUGGUGCUGCUUCUGGUGCCGAAGCACCUCAUCACAGGGCUUCUCGCCGCCGAGCCUCGCAGACACCAACAGCCGUCAUGGCUGUAUCGGAUCAUUGCUGGGACCUACUACGUUCUCAUCCUCUGCAACAUUCUCAUGCACACUCUUGAAAUCGUGAGGCUGUCACUGAUCCAUUUUGGGAUCGCGCUUCUUCCGUUUGCCUAUGUCGGUCUCCUCCUGGGUGCGGCUUUGCACUGGUCAAGAGGUGCUGCGGGCAGGGUGUCUGCGUGGCUGCUCGUCAACAUGGUCGUGUGGCUCGGAGGGAUGGUCAUGUCCAUUGUCAAAGUCAUUGGGCUGGACGGGGAGGACGACUUGCGCAAGGGCUCCAAGUAUCCGAUGAGUGAUCAAGUUCUUGACGUGGCCGUGAUUGCGGGCGUGUAUGGGGCGAUUGCCGCCCUCGAGCUCGUGAUGGGAUUGUGGAGGCGGCGAAAUCACAACCUGCUCAAGUGA